AUGCCUCCUGUCAAAGCAGCCGCCCCUGGUCAGGCAGGGGGGACCCCAGCAGCCAAGGCAGCUAAGGCAGCUAAGGCAGCUGCAAAGCGGCCCUUAAAGCCCCUCAUGAGAAGUGCUAGGAAAAUGAGCACUUUGCUCUGGGAGAGGAGUCGCAAGCCUCUGGUGAAACCCUUUGAACAAGUUCGGGGGCCUCAGCCAUCACCAGGCCUGCUGGUGCUGGAGCCUCUAGAUUCUCUCUCUAGAACUGCCAAGAGUGUUGUCCAGAAACCCAUGGAGACGUUUGCAUUCGACAAGUAUAUGUGUGCAAGCAAUUGGGCCAAGUCAACAGCCCAGCCACAGAGGACCCCAGGGGCCCGAGUGAAGUUACUAACAGUGUUUUCCUCUCUGAUCCUCAUGCAGGUGCUCCUGGAUGCUGCCCAGCCCACAGUGCCCGCAAGGCUCAAUGUCCUGCAUGAAGACCUCUUUGUUUCUAGUUCAGAUGAAGAGGAGGAAGAAGAGAACGAUCUAUUCAAGGCGGCGGGCGCAGCGGGCGGUCGAGGCUCCGGGCCAGGGUGGGGGCUCCAUCUUGUGCCCGGGGCCUGGGGGGAGCCCGGGGAGGGGCCCCCGGCCGACGCAGGGGACUACGGGAAUGGGCUGGAGGCAGAGGAGCUAGAACCUGAGGACUUGCUGCUAGAGCCAGAGUCCAAGCCCAAGCCCGAGGAGAACGCGCCCCGGCCCCGUGCUCCCCCAGGAGUUCCCGGCUUUCAAGAGGAGGAGGAAGAGCCAGGCCUGGUUCAGGGCGACCCGGGGCACGGCGCUAUAGAGGACCCGGAGCUGGAGGCCAUCAAUGCCCGAGUAAGGGAGAUGGAGGAAGUGGGAGCGAAAUUGAAGGAGCUUCAAAACGAGGUGGAGAAACAGAUGAACAGGAGCCCACCGCCAGGCAAUGCUGGCCCCGGGAUCAUGUCCAUUGAGGAGAAGAUGGAGGCUGAUGCCCGGUCCAUCUAUGUGGGCAAUGUUGACUAUGGUGCCACAGCAGAAGAGCUGGAGGCACACUGCCAUGGUUGUGGUUCAGUUCAUCGAGUUACCAUCCUUUGGGACAAGUUCAGUGGACAUCCUAAAGGGUUUGCCUAUAUAGAAUUUUCAGAUAAAGCUUCGGUGAGGACGUCAAUGGCCUUGGACGAAUCUCUUUUCAUAGGACGACAGAUCAAAGUGACACCAAAACGGACCAAUCGGCCGGGGAUCAGCACCACAGAUCGGGGUUUUCCGCGUGCCCGCUAUGGUUAUGCCAGAGCUACUAACUACAGUAGUUCACGCUCUGGAUUCUAUAGUGGCUUCAACAGCAGACCCCGGAGAAGAGUCUACAGAGCCCGGGCCAGAGCGACUUCGUGGUACUCCCUUUACUAA